UCUCGAGUUCGUCGCGUCCGCUGCGCUUGACGCUCGUUUAUUUUGUUAUGCGAUGUCGGGAGUGAAAGGAGUUCUGUAACGCACGAGUGUUUUCAUAAAUCGUACUGUUUACAGCAUGAUUGUGUAAACUGGACUCGACUAAUGUAUGUUAUUUGUUGAACGAAUUAUCAAGAAAACGUAAACAUGGUGCAGGAAUUCGUGUCUCCCGUGAGGGUUCACAAGUUCCCGUUCGAAAUGGUGAUGGCUGCAUACGAGCGGCGGUUUCCAAACUGCCCGCAGAUCCCUGUGGUCCUGGAAUGCGUCAUCACUGAAGACAGCUGGUCCGAAGACGACUCCCAGCGGGACACCGCACGACGAUGCCAGCUGAACGUCGACGCACCAUAUCUGUUGAAGAAGAUGGUCGGCGUCGACUACAUCUACUUCAUCCAGAAGAACCACCUGGACCUGAAGGCGCGAGUGCUGGAGAUCGAGGCCACCAACGAGUCCUUCGCCAACAGGGUCGAGGUGCUGGAGAAAUGCCGAUAUUACGUACACCCAGAGAACCCGAACUGGACGUGUUUCGAGCAGAGCGCGCAUCUCGACGUGACCAACUUCUUCGGGCUGGAGAGCACGGUCGAGAAGAUCGCCAUCAAGCAGUACUCGGCUAACAUUACUAAGGGCAAAGAGUUGAUCGAGGUAUUCAUGAAGGGCGUCGAAGCCGAAGGCGUCACAGACCUCAAACCGUGGGAUCCUGAGGACCCGGCACACAACAGAGAGCUCAGGCGGGUUGUCUCUAGAAACACUGAGCCUCUGUCGCCAAGGACAACUAUAGAGCCGCACCGACAGCCCAAGCCAGACCAAUAUACCCUGGACAGCGAGUACAUCAAGCGGUACACUGCUUCCAUUAAUUUGGGUCAACUGACUCCAAUGCAGGAGUCUACUUAUAAUAUAUUUUCUUUGCUGCUGCAGCUCAGGAAAUGGAUCGCAGACCUGCAGAAAGGGAAGGUACCAUCAGACACGACAUUACUCCGCUUCCUCCGAGCCCGCGACUUCAACGUGGAGAAGUCCCGCGAGAUGCUCUCGCAAUCCCUACUCUGGCGCAAAAAGCACCAGGUCGACCGAAUCCUGUCAGAAUAUGAAACGCCGCAGGUCGUGGCUCAGUAUUUCCCAGGCGGAUGGCAUCAUCAUGACAAAGACGGACGUCCGCUAUACAUCCUCCGACUAGGUCAGAUGGACGUCAAGGGCCUGCUCAAGUCCGUCGGCGAAGACGGCCUCCUGAAGUUGACGCUUCACGUGUGUGAAGAGGGUCUCAAACUCCUGGAAGAAGCCACCCGCUCCUCCGAGCACGCAGUCCAGUCUUGGUGCCUCCUCGUCGACCUGGACGGGCUCAAUAUGAGGCACCUCUGGAGGCCUGGAGUCCGAGCUUUGCUCCGGAUCAUACAGAUCGUUGAGGCAAACUAUCCUGAGACAAUGGGACGCGUGCUCAUCGUGAGAGCGCCGAGAGUCUUCCCGAUACUGUGGACGAUUGUCAGCACGUUUAUAGACGAGAACACCCGCAGCAAGUUCUUGUUUUACGGUGGCAAGGAUUACCUGCAGCCGGGCGGCUUGCUCGACUACAUCCCGAAGGAUCUCAUACCGGACUUCCUCGGAGGACCUUGCAAGAGUUUCGUGCACGAAGGCGGGCUGGUGCCGAAGAGUUUGUACGUGAGUGGAGCCUUCACUGAGCGCGAUGGAGACCCGCUCUGUGAGGACAGCAUCUACCGCUCCGUAUGCCUUGGGAAGGGACAGGUUCACGAGGUGAUCGUGAACAACAAGGACCCGCAGAGCGUGCUGACCUGGGACUUCGACGUGCUGCGACACGAUAUCGCGUUCACCGUCUACCGCUCGCCACACGACUUGGACCUCGAUGAUCCUACAGUGAUUUGCGCCGGCGCCGGCACGGGGGCCGAGGAAGGCAGGUCAGCGCUCACGCGGCAGGACUGGCGCGAGGGAGAACACUUCCACAAGGUGGAGCCCACGCUCAUCGCUCACGACGGAGAGAGUAUACAGGGUUCGCACGUGAUGCUGGAGCGCGGUAGCUACGUGUUGCAGUGGCGCUGCGAAUUAUUGGAUCACGCCCCGCGAGCGCAGCUCAUGUAUUUCCAUGAGACGCUGGCUUCUCACCAUUACAAGGGCUCGAUGUCCAGCCUGCAGUCCGGAGCCUCCGGGUUCUCCUGCCUCAGCGGCAAGUCCGCCGCCAGCUCCUGCCCCUCCAGGUGAUGCGGCGCUCCACCCCCUCCACGCUGGAGGCCUAGGUACAUCGGGGACCCUGGUGGCUAGUACAAACUUCGAUAUCAUGUUAACAUAUUUAUAGAACGCGGUGAUAACACUACCAUUAUGGAAACUGUUUACCACCCCUGCAGGCCUAUGAUGCUUGCAAUUUUAUCACCUAUCUACGUGGAUAAAGCAUCCGUCACGUCCUGUCAAGUAUGCCAGUGUAAGGAACGAGUGUCUUAUCCACGUUGAUAAUCUUA